AUGUCCGGAUUAGCCGAAUUGGAGGCUGAAAAAGACCAGUACAAGGAACAGCUUGACCUUGUUCUUGGACAGCUGCGCGACGACCCCGAUAAUGUGGAACUCAAGGCUCUUGAACAAGAGUUGCAAAACUUUGUCCAACUUCUCAACGAGAACAUUGCAGAACUGAAGCCCAAACAGGCCCCAAAGCCAGCACCGAAGCAGCCCUCUCCUCCGCCCGAACGCGAAAAAUGGUCGCGCGAGAACCACCCCGCCUUCAAGAAGACUGCGCCCAUCCCGACACCUGAGGAGAAGGAUGACACGCCAGUCACCUACCAAGUAAAUGAUAUUGUCAUGGCGAAGUGGAUGUCUGGCGACAAGGGCUUUUACCCCGCCAAGAUUACCUCCAUCACCGGCUCCGCUGCUGCGCCCGUCUACGUUGUCAAGUUCAAAAGCUACGACGUCACAGAAACGAUACGCUCGCGCGACAUCCGCCCAGUCUCCAACAAAAGGAAGGCUGAGGCGCUUCCUGCGCCACCACCGGCGUCAACACCCGGCCUUGUAUCCUCGGCCGGCGCAACGACAUAUCCAAAUGCGGGCAGGGAUGUCGAUGCUGAGGCUAAACCGCCCAAACCCAAGAAGAUCAAGGCCAAGAAGGAGCUCGAAGCUGGCAAAAACAAGUGGCAGGAGUUCAACUCAAAAUCUAAAUUUGGAAAGACACAAAAGAAGGAUAGCAUGUUCCGGACGCCAGAAGGCGUACACGGUAGAGGUACGAUUCUACUUAUACCCGUGGUGUUUGCAAGCAUACUGACCCUUCUACCUCUAGUUGGCUUCACUGGGUCUGGCCAAGCCAUGCGCAAAGAUCCAAGCCGAAACCGCCACGUCUAUCAAGUGAACGAGGAUUUAGACUAA